AUGGCGUCCGACCUUCCUCAGAAGGAGAGUGGUGAGCAUCUUGAGGCCCCGGCACAGGCUCAGCAGGAAGCAACAGGACCAGUGCCCAAAUGGCCGAGAAGUAUAUCGCCUUCUUCUGCGGAAUCUACCGAGAACAAACUGCGCACCGCGUCCGAUGUGAUCAACCGCCUGCUAUGGGAUCCCAGUUUCGAUCACAGCGACUUUGUCAUUGGCUAUGAGGAUCGAUUUGAGGGACGCCUGGAGGCCAGUUUGGGGUCGUGGAAGAAGGACUUGACGGAUGAGGAGUUCAUUCCACAGCAUCGCAUCCUGUACAUCAAGCGCCGCGAUGGCGAGGUCGUGUGGGAUCGACGACGACGCACCGACACCAUCUUCUACAGUGGAAACUCGGCCUUCCGCGAGUUGGCCUUUCUGGCUUAA